CCGACAACAUCUAGGAUGUAGUUUGUUGCUGCAGUGCAUUUUGACUACAGCUGAUAAACAUAUAACAUAGAUGAUAUUUUACCCGAGAGCUGAUCUAUGAUAGUACGAUGGCUGAGUCUCCAGACUGUCGGAGUCUUGUUUCUGCGUCAUCACAGCUCAAUUUAAUGGAAAUAGAGGCGAUUGACGAUAAAGAGUUUGACAUCCCUCAAGUGGACACACCUCCGACCCUAGAAAGCAUCCUAAAUGAGCCUGAAGAUGAGGAUGAGCCAUUCAUUUUAGAGGACACAUGUCUUUUGAACACUGAGAACAUUGAUGCCCACUCAUGUGAGACCUCUUCCCUGGCCAGCUCUGACAGUGGAGACCGAACACACUUAAAGAGGAGGAGGAAAGCAGUGGAAACUAAUGCUACAGUGCACGGAUCUGUUCUUAGACGCAAUGUGCUGAAGGGCAUCUCAGCUCAGAUAGUAUCUGCUGCAGAUAAAGUUGAUGCUGGCUUGCCCACAGCGAUAACUGUUUCAAGUGUGAUUGCUGUAGGAACAUCUCAUGGUCUGGCCUUAGUGUUUGAUCAGAACCAGGCUCUGCGUCUGUGUCUGGGCACUACAGCGACGGGAGCAGAAUAUGGUGCUGUGUCGGCUCUCAGCAUUAAUCACGACUGCACACGACUGCUGUGUGGCUUUGCCAAAGGACAAAUCACCAUGUGGGAUCUGGCCAAUGGGAAGCUGCUGCGCACUAUUACUGAUGCCCAUCCACCUGGCACUGCCAUACUACAUGUGAAAUUCACUGACCACCCAGCGCUGGCUGUGUGUAAUGACAGUGGCGGAUCAGUUUUUGAGCUGUCAUUCAGGAGGGUGAUGGGGAUGAGGACAUGUGAAUCCAGGUGUUUAUUCAGUGGUUCCAAAGGUGAGGUGUGCUGUGUUGAACCUCUACAUGCUGGAGCUGAACUCAAAGAUCAUCCCAUUACCCAGUACUCCCUGCUGGCCAUGGCGUCACUCACCAAGAUUCUGCUGAUAGGACUGAAGCCUUCACUCAAAGUGUGGAUGACGUUUCCUUACGGCAAGACGGAUCCUGCAAGCGUACCCUUGUUGGCUUGGCAGUUUGUGGCAGCACAGAAAGCAAUCAACCCAGUUCUGGCUUUCUGUAGAGGAGACACCAUCAACUUCCUACUGGUUAAAAAAGACGAGUCUGGCACCGUCCAUGUCAUCAAACAGAGGCAGCUCCAACUCAACUGUGACCUCAUCAGCCUGAGCUGGAUAAACUCUCGGACGCUUGUGUUGAUGGACAGCACAGAGAAACUGAGAGUAGUGGACAGACCCAGUCAGGAGGAGCUGGAAACUGUGGACAUGGCUGAGCUUCAGCUGGUUUACAAUAGUAGCCAUUUCAAAUCCCUCGCUACUGGUGGAAAUGUCAGCCAAGCACUGGCUCUAGUUGGAGAGAAGACAUGUUACCAGUCUGUUUGCAGCUAUGCGGGCCAGAUUAUGUAUCUUGGAACAAAGUCUGUGCACAUCAUGACCCUGAGGAACUGGCGUGAGCGUGUGGACUAUCUGUUGAAGCAGGAGAAGUUCAUGGAGGCUCUGUCUCUUGCCUGGUCCUUUCAUGAAGGCACUGCCAAAGCUGUAUUAGGUCUAUUUGCAGACCCUGCUAAGAGAAAAGGUGUGGUUGCAGACAAGAUGGUGGAAAUUUUGUUACAGUAUGUGGAGCGCUCUCUGAAAAAGUGUCCAGAGCAGGGGAAAAUCCAGGUGAUGGAGCAGCACUUCCAGGAUGUGGUUCCUGUCAUGGUGGAUUAUUGUCUCCUUCUUCAGAGGACGGACUUGCUGUUUAACCAGAUCUACCCUCGUCUGGUGGAGAACUGUGUAGCUCGGGGUGUUUUUCUGGAGAGUCUGGAGCCCUACAUUCUGAGCGAGCGGAUUGGCUGUCUAACUGCUCCUGUCAUGAGAGACCUGCUCAGUUAUUUCCAGGAGAACGGCAUGAUGGAUAGCGUGGAGGGAUGCCUGGUCCACAUGGACAUCACCAACCUGGACAUACAACAGGUGGUGCAGAUGUGCUGGGAUAACCAGCUCUAUGAUGCCAUGAUUUACGUCUUCAACAGUGGCAUGAAUGAUUACAUUAGCCCCAUGGAGAAACUCUUUCAGGCGAUUGGUCCUCCUCUGCAUGAAGGAAAGCCUCUCACAGAUGAGCAUGUCAUAAUGGGGAAUAAACUGCUGGUGUACAUCAGCUGUUGUUUGGCAGGACGUGCCUAUCCGCUAGGUGACAUUCCUGAAGAUCUGGUCCCUCAGGUGAAAAACCAGGUGUUUGAGUUUCUCAUUCGUCUGCACUCUGUGGAGGCUGCACAGGAAGAGGAAGUGUAUCCCUACAUCCGAACACUCCUGCACUUUGACACUCGAGAGUUCCUCAACGUUCUGGCACUGACAUUCGAGGACUUCAAGAAUGACAAACAGGCUCUGGAAUAUCAGCAAAGGAUUGUGGACAUUUUACUAAAGGUUAUGGUGGACAAUUCUGACUUCACCCCAUCUCAGGUCGGCUGUCUUUUCACCUUCUUGGCGCGACAACUUGCCAAACCUGAUAAUACCCUCUUUGUUAACCGGAAGCUGUUUGACCAGGUUCUGGAGUUUCUAUGUAGUCCAGAUGAUGACUCUAGACAUACUGAAAGACAGCAGGUUCUACUGGAGCUGCUGCAGGUUGGUGGUGUGGUCCAGUUUGAUGAAGGACGUCUGCUUUACCUUGCUGAGAAGGCAGAAUUUUAUCAAAUCUGCGAGUUCAUGUAUGAAAAAAAGCACCUUUAUGACAAAAUUGUUGACUGCUACCUGAAAGACCCUUUGAGAAAGGAGGAGCUCUUCAACUACAUCCAUAAUAUCCUGUCCAUGCCUGGCUACAGCUCAGAGGAGAAACAUUCUGUGUGGGUCAAAGCCCUUCAGCACUUCAAGGAUCUGGUUCGAAUCAAUGCGGCUAAGACAGCAGAGCUGGUGGCGGUGCACUUUGCAGACGAGGUGCACUCCAUCAUCACAUCGCUACAGGACAACUAUUUGGUGUUCCAGUUUCUGAAGUGCCUUCUGGACCCCAGCUCCAGAGAGGGUCUAAAUUCUCAAACAGUCCUGAAAUUUGGCCCUGAUCUUCAUGAGCUCUUAGUGGAUCUUCUGUGCCAGUUUAGUCCUCAGCAGGUCAUUGUCUUCCUUAAGACGUCUCAGGACUACAGACUGGAGGAGGCCAUCCAGAUCACAGAGAAACACAAGCUGCAUGAGGCCACAGCCUACCUGCUGGAGAGGAAGGGAGAUGUGCAGGGAGCUUUUCAAGUCCUGCUGCAGACCCUGAAGGGCAAACUCCACAAACUUGCCCUGAAAAGCUCUGACUCAGACAAGCCUGAUGGUGAGGAGGAGGAGACAGCUGAUGAAGUGCAGAGUCUGUUACAAAGAGUGGAGGAAGCUCUGCAUGACAUCAUUGCUUUGUGUCAGAGGAGCUCAAGCGGCCUCAACCAGCAGCAGAGAGAGGCUCUGUGGUUUCCUCUCCUAGAGGCAAUGAUGUCACCACAGAAGCUACUCAGAGGAGCAGAUGCCAUACACACAUCAGAAGCACUAAAAGACCUCACUAUGAAAGUCUUAAACAGCAUGUCCAGUUUUAUCGCUCCACCUGCCAUCAUUCAGCGCAUCCUACAGGAUCCUGUAUAUGGGAAAGGAAAACUGGCUGAGAUCCAGGGGCUCAUUUUAGGAAUGCUGGAAACUUUCAACUAUGAACAGACGUUGUUGGAGACCACCACAAAUCUGUUGAACUCAGAUCUUCACUGGUCUCUUUCACACUUGCGCAAGGCAGUCAGUAAAGGUCUUCAUCCAAGACAGGACCACUGCAACAUCUGCUUACAGCAGUACAAAAGACAUCAGGAGAGCGAGGAGGAAAUCAUUAUCUUCAGCUGUGGACACCUGUACCAUUGCCAGUGUCUGCAGCGUAAAGAGACAGGUGUUUUGAGUGAGAGGCAGUACCCAUGGAGCUGCUACAAAUGCACAUCCAACCAGGGCUCACGUCCAGCGGACAGAGCCAGCGCUGAAAGCUCACGAUCACGCUCUGCUUCUCUGGCCCAGAACAAAGUGACAUCUGCUCAUCGUGGGAUCAUGGCAGAGGCUCACGGGAGAAAGAUGUUGACUGAAGCCACUUUGGAUGCCCAGCAGACACAGGCCUGGGAUCAGUUCCGCACUAUCUACAGAGGACCAUCUCGGCUUGCUGUUUUGACAGAACUCACCCAUUCUCAUGGCACUGAGAGAGCCGGUUUGUCGAACCCUGCCCAUCCAGGAACAGGAAGCAUUUACCACAGCGAGAACUUUCAGUUAAAGCUCACUCCUCCGCCACUGGUAGAGGAAUAGAUGACUCCGUCCACUGUUACGAAUCUUAAUAAAGCACUACCAUGUCUGUACAGAAAUAAUGUUUGACAUUGUGUGUUUUAACAAACUAGCAAUGCUUUGUUAGUCAUCAUUUAGUAGAUUCAAGUAACAUUUACACUUUACUACCUGAAGCAUACAAUGACAAAAAGGUGUUUAUGGAUGUAUAAGCCUGCGUUAGUAUUGUUACAUAGCAUUCACUAUGGGUAAGAACCAGAUGGUGGUAGAAGCUUUGCAUUUUUAAUGAAGAACU